AUGAUGGUACCUCAAAUUGAGCAUCCAAAAUCUGAUAUAUCUGUUACAAUAGUUAUUCCAUCAAAUCCUAUUGUUGGAAAACUUCUUACAUUUAUAUAUAAAAUUAUGAAUGGAUCAUCAUCAGCAACCAAAAUAAAUGUUACAGUCGAAGUUAAUGAAUCAUUUGUGUUUUCGGGUUAUAAACAAACCCAUUUUUAUGUUCAACCAUUCUCAACUUAUUACUUUAAAGUGAAUUGUUUCCCUUUAACAUCUGGAAAAGUUAAAUUGCCAAAAGUAAAAAUAACAAGAAUUAAAGAAACUGAUGGAACAGAACAAGAAGAAAUUAAAAUUACUGCGCCUGGAUAUAAAGAAUCGUAUGAUGAUGAAUGGUACAUGAUUUUUAUUCGACCAAGAAAAGAAUUACAUAAUGAGUUAUAUAGCAUUUGA